AUGAGUGACUUCGAUCUCGGAACGAGUCAGAGGAUGACGACCGAGACACACCGCACCACCACGUUUCUUGAUCUGCUCCGACGCCAGAUGAGCGGCGUCGAUCAAACCAGAAGGAAGCGGACACUCAAAGAACGGUUGAGAUUCAAAUGCAUCGCAUGCUGUGGGCCCCCCUGGAGCGGUCUCCGUCUCACUAACAACAACACUUCCACAAGAACUCUCCACAGUCCAACCUCAAUCCAAGACGAAGCCGAAGAGCAAAGCGAAUCUCAAUCGGGCGCUGGAUCGGGUUCGGGUAUGAAUCUCGCGGCGGCGUUAGAGGCGGAGAGAUAUAACGGGGGAGAUUCGACGGAAUCGGCGGUUGAUAUGACGCCGAGGAGAGUGUCGUUGAUGAGAUUGCUUGAUGAGACGGCGGAGAUAGUGGACGAUGACGGGAGAAGAGAGACGGAGGUGUUAACGGCGUUAACGGGGAGUGAUUCGGUGUGCUGCGUGUGUAUGGGAAGGAAGAAAGGCGCUGCGUUUAUACCCUGUGGACACACUUUUUGCAGAGUAUGCUCCAGAGAGCUCUGGCUUAACCGUGGCUCGUGUCCUCUUUGCAACCGUCCGAUCAUCGAGAUUCUAGACAUAUUUUGA